GCGUUCCGCGUAGUGCGGUUGAGUCAUUAAGAGACGAUCCGUGAGGGACUGGGUCGGUCCGUGACUGAGAUUAAUAUAAACUAAGUUUUAAUUUCAGAUAUGGAGGAAGAAAGACUAAAGAAUGAUAGAAUAUCAAGCAUAGCGGACUCUUCGAACCUCGACCGUGAACGAUCUACGAGCGACCCGUGUAUUAGGAAGGGAAAUUUCGCCAUGAACGGGAAUAUAGCUCAGACAAACGGCCCAAGAAACGGUCUCGUGUCUUCGACUAUCGAGAGAGACGUUGUUGGAACUCCACAGCCAGUUCGAAAGAAUAAAUUCGCUUCAAGCCUCGGAAAGUUUCUUCGCCCAUGGAAAUGGCGUAAAAGAAAGAAGAGCGAUCGAUUCAUAGCAACUUCCCAAAAUCUGGAAAGACAGUUGUCCGUGAGGUCAAAACGUGAGGAUUUAGUCAGAAAAGGGAUCAUUCCUAAUAAUAACUAUGAUGAAGAAGUGAACUCGCAUCCAAAUGGAACAAUAACAGAGGUUGAAGAGACUCCUAGAGAAUCACCUGCAGUUGCUCCAAAACCUUUUAAAGAUGGAGAAAAAAAGCUUGUUAGUAUCCUUAAGCCUUCGCCGUUGCCAAGAAGAUCUCAUGAAGAGAAGGUUGAGAAGGAGCUGAUGGUGAAGCAAGUAGAUCAAGGAAGCAUGAUGGAUCAGUUGGCUAAAGAAUUAGCGAAAAGAGGAAUCACUGAUAAAAGACCAGAAAAACCGAUAAAAAAGAUCAAACGAGCUGCAUUCACAAAAGAUAGCGAAAAUCAGGACAGUGAUUCUGAUCAAGAAGAAAAUCGUAGCGAGGUGCGCUACAAAUGUGGCAUACGACUUCCAGUAAGAAGAGACUCACCAAAGCCUAAACCUAAAAUACCCCUGGCAGAAUCUGAAAAUAAAGUAUGCGGAGAUUCUUCAUCAGAUGAAGAAGAAGAGGAGGAGGGCGUCAUAACUGGUUUGGCAUCAAAAGUCAAGCGAUCUGACAGCCUUGCUAUCAAACUAAGGGCAAGACCAACAAAGAAAGAUUUGGAAGACCGGAACAUCUUACCAACUAAAACAGAGGAAGAGAUUCACGAGCGAAGAGCAGCUGUAGGAUCCAAACUUGUGAGACGCUUGAGCGCUCGACCGACUGCACAAGAACUAAGAGAAAGAAAUAUUUUGAAGACCGCUACCGAAGCGGAAGCGAAGGAAGAAAAAGAAGAAAAGAAGAGAGUCUUGACGAGAAAGUUAAGUCGGAGACCGACAAUACAAGAAUUGAAAGCGAAGAAAAUUAUUAAAUUUAGCGAAUAUGUGGAUUGCUUGGAAUGCCACGACUAUGACAGGAGAGCUGACAAGCCGUGGACUCGUCUUACGCCUGAAGAUAAGGCUGCUAUUCGUAAAGAAUUAAAUGAAUUUAAAAGCACAGAGAUGCUUGUACACGAAGAUAGUAAACAAUAUACAAGAUUUCAUCGCCCAUAGUUUUUAUACCAAGAUGUUUCUAUAAUCAAAGGGGGACGAAGAAAAAUACCUUUAUUUUUGUUGAGGGUGAAUACAAGACAAUACCAAAUACGUAGAGGAAAAUCCUAUCAUAAUGUAUGUAUAAAUUUAAUCACGCGAAAUUGUAAAUAGUUUAUUGUACAGGAAAUUUUUUACUCAUAGAACAGAAUCAUAAUAUGGUCAUUUGAAGAACAAUGUCCGGGAAUCUUUGCUGGUUGAAUUUGCAAGGUUUCCUUCCGGCCGUGUCAGAGUUUAAGAGCCUGGGUACUACUUUUAAUGUCUUAGUACGAUUUCAUGGUAUUUAUCAAAAAGAGUGCGACUUGGCGGGAAUUUYUGAAUAAAUUUGGGGAAUAUUUGUAGCAUUAUGGGUAGAAUUUUUCGCAUUCUUUAUUAAGGCUGCGUCAAUUAUGUUACACUACAUAGGGUGGGGUGGGGAUGAUUUUUGGAACAGUCGCCCCUCCAUAUCCAUGUAUGUAGUAUACAUGAUAAGUGCAGUCUUACUACAUUGAUACCAGGCUCUUUUUACUUAACAUUGCCAAAUUAAUACUCUUUUCCUAAAAUUUAACGAAAGACUGGUAACGAGCUCCACCUGCAUGGAAUCAUGGGAAUACAUUUCUUAAUUCCAAAAUUUCUCUUUGCAGUCUUUCUUCGAAUUUUCGAAAAGAGAGUUUUUCAGAAUCAACUUUAAAUGAUAAUCGUUGCUAUAGCAAUAURACUUAAAUUCUUCACUGGUGUUUUUCCCACAAUCGAUUUCGCGCGCUUUUUAAUCAUGACGGGAACAGACUCAUUCCAAUUCUCUGCGUCUCCAUAUCUCUCGAUUGAAAUUUAGCAGUUUUAAUCUUAGUUUUUUAAAAGUUAUGAGCAGGCUUAUGAAUUCGUAAUCAAGUUAUUAAACGUUGAACUAUUUGAAUUUUCAGGCCAGUUCUUAGCCUGGCAUGUUACAGAAUUUUUUUCUAAUGUAUCUUAAAAACACGUCUUCAAGUUUUAGAAGAAUAUUAAGUUAUAUAAAAAAUGUCUAUUUUUUAAAGUGAUUCGUAGAUUUUCCAUCUCAAGUUAAUUUUCAGUUUUCACGUUAAGAUGCACCAUUUUGCGGACCUAAACAUUCUUUAAAAGCGACCAGCGAGUUAAACAUUUCUUAAAAUYCUUUCAAAAUGGUGGUUCUUGGAAUCACGAAUUCUGUGACGUCAUAGCCGCCAUUUUGGAUUCCAAACUAACUGAUUAUUUCUUUUUCGUGCUUUCUUUCUUUUUUUAUACUUAUGCCACCAGAAUAACCUUAUUCAUAGGAUCAUAAUUCUUUUUUACUGGAUUUAUUUCUCGAUUCAGUCAUUCACAAUUUGUGACUCGACCGUCUCCGUUUGUAUUUCACAAUCAAAAAAAGAUGUAUAUUUAAUAGUAUCUUUCUUACCAGAUUUUUAAUGCCUUCAAAAACUCUUGUUUUAUAAAAAGUGCAUGCUCCUGGGUGACAAAAGUUUGUCUCGCCUCAAAGUCAACUCAAACUUCAGCUUUUCACUUUUGUUUGAGUUGGGCUCCCUGUACUUUGUUUGGCACUAAUAUCGUUCCCAGCUCCUCGGAGUAUGGAAUAACGCAUGCGUAUUCUCUUUAGUUAACGUUUAAGUUAAUUGGCGUGACUUACUUAUGCCGCUGUACGAUGAUGAUGAAACACUAGUACAUUAGUUAAUUACUGGGAYUAUAGUUGUAGAAAUGAAGUUUUGACUUGUUUCUAACAUGCACAGGACCUUCCUCCCGAUAAAGUAGGUUUUGGCACACGUCAAUCAAAAUGUUUCCAUGACAUUGUGAAGAGACAUUAAUUUUUCAAGGGUAUGUGCCUUUUAAAUAUCAAACGGAUUUGGAAACGCUUUGAUCAUACCGUCCACCAAAACCUACUUUGUCGCAACAAGUUGUAUCAUUGGGCUACACGUUAUUGAGAAUCGGUUUUCUAAGACCCCUAAAACUCUCAGACGUGGAGUUUUGUGACACAGGGGCCAGUUGUACAAAGGGUAGAUAGCGCUAUCCGAGGGAUAAAUCUUAUCCAGUGGAUACAUUUAUUGGAUAACAGCAUCGGCUUAUCCACUGGAUAAAAAUUUAUCCAUCGUAUUAUAACGCUAUCCACCCUUCGUACAACCGGUCCAAGGCCUUUGUAAAUUUGAUAGUUGGAAGAAUGCAGAAUAUUUGUGCUCUUGCAGAGAAUCAGACAAUGAAUUUUAAAUAUUUCUAGCUCAAACCAAGAGAGCAUAAAUAACAUAUUUAUGCUCUCUUUCUCAAACUUAGUACUGAUUUGUUCAAAGCCUCAGUGCCAAUCAAAACUGGAUUAGCACUGACACGUCAGGCUUUGCACGACAGGGCUCCAAACUUCAGAACCUUGAUUGAAACUGUGACGAUUAAUUUGUACAUAAAAUUUAUAUCCUGGUCUUAAGAAUAUGUAAAUAAAUUAGGCUUUAAUUAAUAAAGUACAACGUUAAGAGAAAAAGUU